UCAUCGUCGGGGAAACGUUGGAGGGGACUUGUGUGUUUUAGUGUUUACCUUCGCGUUUCGAUUCGAAUAAGUCAACAUAAUACGAGAAUACGACAUAAUAUUAAAUCAAGUUCGCGUCUUGUUGGCCAAGUGAUAAGGUGAUUAUAUAGUUAUAUAGUAAUGUAAUUGAUUGCGAUAAGCGAUAAUGUUUUAGAGAAUCUGAACUCUGAAGUCUAUUUGAUUGUCCAGUGCUCUCUUGAUGCAGUAAUUUUGUUACAUGCUCACAAUAAAUUCAAGUGGCCACAAUUUCCAGACACUUGAAUAAGUAUAUUGAAACGUCGUGAGCUGUGAACAGAGGAUUUGUUGCUAUUCCUACGUAGAAUUCCUUAUCAAGUGCUGCCAUGAAGCCAUUUAAGCCAAGACACCGUAACAGGAAAGCCAAUUUCAAGGACUUGAACGAAAAUGACUUCGUUACAUUCCUCGAUAAAUAUUUCGUCGAUUUUGAGGACAAUCUGCGAGGUAAUAAUUUUGAUAAUAUGAACACACUGCUGAUUAAAAAUAUCAUCGAAAAAUUUGGCAAGAUAUUCCAACUAUGGGAUGAGAACAGAUUCCUUCAAGGUUCAAUCGACAAGAACUUUUUCGAAAAUAUUCACAAAUCGAUGCAGUAUGCUUUCAACGCUGAUGAUCAUCGUCGCAAUGAACCAGUGACUGAUUAUUCGGACAAUUUUAUGUUAGAAUGUAAUCAUUGCGGAGAGGCCUUCCCUUUGCGUAAUAAAGAUUGUCAGUAUUCGUACGAAUUACACGAAAUAUCGAAGGAACACACAGAAUUUCUGAUGAAUUUGAAUAAUAAAGAUUCCGAUGCAUCGUCUUCAUCGUGCAGUGAUUCACACAUCGAGGAAGAAACUGAUCAAACGGUAUCCCCUUAUGAGCAAUUAUUCAUUUACGCUCGCUGCAAUCUGUGCUACGAUCGGAUCACGUUCGGCGACUUGAAUUAUAAAGAAGAGGAAGCUCCAGUCGCCAAAUGCAUACUAAAACACUUCGAAACUCAAUCUCAUCGUCGUAAUGUCAAAUUGUUUCGAGAUAAUAAGCAAUAUGUCGAGGAAUGUCGUCUCAAAAGUAAUAUUUUCACGUGCAAAAUCUGCGAUGAAAAUGAGUACCUCGAUAAGUUGAUACUUCAUUUUGAUAGCGAUGAACAUAAGGCUAAUGUGGUUGAUAAUGUUGAUGUUGAUGGAUCUGAUUCGAAGGAUGAUUGCUCUUCUUCAGACGAUCAAUUUGAACCCCGAUUGCAACCGAUUCGAUGGCCUUUAUCGCCAGUUAACGUUGGAACUGAACACAUCGACGAAGGAUUAUCUUCUAAAUUGGCGAAAGUUUGCAUCGUGAAAGAAAAAUCCGAAGCUACGCGUAUUGCUCCUACUGAAAAAUCCGCUGCUGGAGGCAAAUAUAGAUCUACACCAGUCACGGACCAGAUAUCAAUUUCAACUUCAAAAAAAUACGAUGGCCUUUCGAUUUCUGAAUUUGAUAGGAGCUGUAUUAUUUUUAAAAAUGACUCGCUUCGAUGUAAAAUUUGCUCCGCUUUACUUACCCGUGAAAAACAUGUGAUUUCUCAUAUGAGAGGAAAGACCCAUUUGAAGAGGACUAAAAAUUACGAAUCGUAUGGCAGUUUCUUAAAGGAAAUUGAUGACAAAAUGCAGUGUACCACGUGUGAAUGCCAUUAUGCCACCUUCCAUAAAUUUUUUGAACAUUGUCGAUCGGAAACUCAUAAAAAGAAAGUUAAUCAACUGAAAAUGCAACCGUCUUCUGAAUUUUUCAUCGCGAGAGCUGUUGCAGAAGUCAUGCAGUGUCCUGUGACUGGAUGUUUUACUUUUGUGUCUGAUUGGAAACAGCUGUUCAAACAUGUGCAGUCAUUUCAUAAGAAAUAAUCCAGGUAAAGUAAAUCAUAAUUAUAAUUAUGUUAUUACAUAUCUAAUAUGUACCUACUUACUUAUACAUUUUAUUGGUGAAUGGGCAGCUCUCUUUUUUAUUACUCGUAUUUUCGUAUUUCAUCCGUUUUAUAUUUUUUUUAGUAAUUAAUUUGAUUAUUUUCUCGUUAUUUUAUACUUUUAUAUUUUUAUUUGUAACCAAUUGACCUCAACCUGAGAAAAGAACGAUUUUACAACAAAAAAAUAAUUUGAUUGUUUGUCCGUAAAGAAAAAAAAUGUUUUUUGAAACAAUGCUCUUAGAUCGUUUUACUGAAAAAAUUUAGGUAGACUACCGUUAUUUUAUUCAUUUAAACUAUAGAACCUUUUUGUAUGUCUAUUAUUGUGUGAAUUCGUUUUAUUAAAAUUGAUUUCUGAAUUUUA